AUGUUCAAAACUCCUUCUUCAUGGUUGCUUGCUUGCGUUCUUUUCAGUCUUGUUGCUGUCAGUAGUGUGGUUUUAGCAGCAAGCGGAGGCCAUGAUGAUUUGCAAGCAGAUUAUAGUGAAUUCAAUGUUAAAGAAUUUGUGGAUCGGGAAAUUUCUGGUCAUAGUGUUACUGUUUUUUCCAAAAGUUAUUGUCCAUAUUGUGCAAGAUGCAUCCGAUUGUUGAAGAGAUUAAAUAUUCCUGAUGUUCAAGUGAUUCAAUUAGAUGAAUUGGCAGAUGGUUCAGAAAUUCAAGACGAGCUUUUGGAGAGAACAGGAAGACGAACAGUUCCUUCUGUUUGGAUUGCUAAAGAAUUUGUUGGAGGUUCUGAUGACUUACAUCAAGCUCAUCGUGAGGGUCGUUUGCAAAAGCUGUUACAAGAGAAGGGAAUACCAUUCAAUGAUUUCAAAGAUGAACUUUAA